GGCGGCCUGCCUCUGCCUGCCUGCCUGUGUGUCUCCGCUCUGUUGUUGCCCCGGUAGCGGCGGGACUCAGCGGUUGUUUGGAGAACUGCAAGUCCCAGAGAUCUCGGCAUCAGUGAACCUGGGACCAGGACUUGGAUAACAUGGCAGCGCCGUCCAGCAGCACACGCGGGGUUAUGGAGCGGUCUAUCCGGGAGCGGGCCCCCCCGCUGCUCACCGACCUGUACCAGUUCACCAUGGCCUACGCGUACUGGCGGGCCGGCCGGCACCAGGAGCCCGCCGUGUUCGAGCUCUUCUUCAGGGACAACCCGUUCGGCGGCGGCUUCUCGCUGUUCGCCGGACUGCACGACUGUCUGCUGUUCCUGCGCAGCUUUCGCUUCACAGACGAAGAUGUGGAGUUCCUGCGCUCCGUCCUGCCCCCUGCCACAGACCCCGCCUUCUUCCAGUUCCUGCGAGGCCUGGACUGCUCCGGCGUCACGCUCCGCUCUGUCCCAGAGGGCACAGUGGUGUUUGCCAGGGUCCCUCUGAUGGAGGUGGCAGGACCGCUGGCUGUGGUUCAGCUGCUGGAGACCAGUUUACUUUGUCUGGUCAACUAUGCUAGCCUGGUGUGCAGUAAUGCUGCCCGUUUCCGCCUGGCGGCCGGCCCCAGGAGGAAGCUGCUGGAGAUGGGCCUCAGGAGGGCUCAGGGGCCAGAUGGAGGACUCACCGCCUCACGAUAUACACACAUCGGAGGGUUUGAUCUCACCAGUAACGUUCAGGCUGGUUUCCUGUUUGGGAUCCCUGUUGCAGGGACCAUGGCACACUCAUAUGUCACUUCCUUUACCUCCCUGGAGGAGGUCUGGCCACAGACUCUGGUGGCAGUGAGUGGGGACCCUGAUCCAGUCGACUUCAUUUCGCUAACAAAGGGCUGGUUGAGUCGUGUGUGCGAGCUGCUGGGAGCGGAGCCGGGGAAGAUCCGUGAGGGCGAGCUGGCUGCCUUCUUGUCCUACGCCAUUGCCUACCCUCAGAACUUCCUGCCUGUGAUUGACAGCUAUAGUGUUGGCUGCAGUGGUCUGUUGAACUUCUGUGCGGUGGCCUUGUCUCUGUGUGAGCUGGGCUACAGACCUGUAGGAGUUCGUCUGGACAGCGGAGACCUCUGCAGGCAGUCGGUUGAUGUACGUCGUGUCUUCAGACUCUGCAGUGAGCAUUUCUCCAUCUCUGCCUUUGAUUCUCUGAUCAUCGUCGGGACCAAUAACAUCUCAGAGCAGAGCAUGGUAGAGCUGAACAAGAAGGAGAAUGAGAUCGAUGUGGUCGGUGUUGGAACACAUCUGGUCACAUGCACCAAACAGCCCUCGCUUGGCUGUGUGUAUAAGCUGGUGGAGGUGAGGGGGAGGCCCAGGAUGAAGAUCAGUGAGGACCCACAGAAGAGCACUGUCCCCGGGAGGAAAUCUGUCUACAGGUUGUUAGACGCUGACGGCCAUCCUUUUAUGGAUCUGGCGUGUCUCGCUGUGGAGUCUUCUCCAGAGGCAGGAGUCUCUCUAAGAUGUUUCCCUCUGGGCUGCGAUGACUCGCCUGUCUCAGUCACACCAGCUCAGGUCACCUGCCUACGUCAGGAUGUGUUUACCAAAGGCCAGGUCACACACCCUCUGUGCAGCGCUGCAGAAACUAGAGCAAAGGUCCAGAGCUCCCUCCAGACUCUGCACCCUCGACACAAGAGGCUGCAGGAGCCGGACACUUACAUAGUGGCGCUGUCAGAGAAACUCCACAACCUGGUGACAGAGAUUCGGAAAGGAAGCUCCAACAACAGCAACUUUCUGUUAGCCAACUAAAGAUAACCUCUUGUUUUUGUCUUUUUAUUGAAACUCUUUUCAAAAGUGCCUCACAGUUUGCAGAGCCUCUUCCUAAUGAACCCUAACAGUGUUAACACCAUACUGUCCACAGACAGGAGAGCACACUGUUAUGUCCCGCGUCUUUCAAAGCUAAUGUCUGUAGAGCAGUAACUUUACAAGGAUUUUAUAAGUUUAAAGGCCCGACAGGGACACAUGGAAACAAAUGAAACCUGAGUAUCCAUCCAACAUGAUGUCUUUUUUCCUGCUCAUUUUGAGGAAUUGAACACGAAUCUGGCAAACAAAUUAAAAUGUUGAAUAACAACUUUGGAGCAAAGUCAGUUGCACUUUUGUGAAGGGCAGAUCAAUGUGGAUGUUUAAAUAUGCUAUUAAAUGCUCCUGACUUCUGUUCUCUUUCUGUUUUUGUGUGAUCAAAAUGUCAAAUAAAAAGACACUCACUGUUAAAAAUCUA